CCCAAAGCGAGCAAGCCGAGUCUAGCCUGAACUUGUCGAGACUCAGGGCUGCCUAUUGCCUAUACUGGACUACGAUAGUACCAUACCAUCCAAGUACAAGGCUGUACCAAUCCACUCGCUCAACAUGCAUAUCCUGGUUGUGAACGACGACGGACCUCCUUCGCGCCGCCUGUCUCCAUACAUCCAACCGCUUGUCUCCGCCCUCCAAGCAGCGGGCCACCUCGUCUCCGUCGCCAUCCCAGCCGCUUCCCGCUCCUGGAUCGGCAAGGCACAUCUGAUCGAAGCCUCGCUGAAAGCCACCUACGUCCCGCCGCAAGCCUUCCACAACGACGGCACCUGGAACGAGACCUACACCCACACCGCGGCCAAUGACCACUCCUCCUCCUCCUCCUCCUCCUCCUCCUCCCCCAAUGGCACAACCACCAGCGGCACCCCCAACGACGAAUGGGUCGUAAUCACGAACGGCACACCCGCCAGCUGCGUGCAACUCGGCCUCUUCAACCUCUUCCCCGACCGACCCCCGAUUGACCUGGUCAUCUCCGGCCCGAACCACGGCCGCAACGCCUCGACGAUCUACAACCUCUCGUCCGGCACCGUGGGCGGCGCCCUCGAGGCCGCCACCUGCGGCAAGCGCGGCAUCGCCAUCUCCUUCGGCAGCAAGGAGGAGCAACCGGCCGCGAUCAUCGCGGCCGCCGCCCGCCUGGCCGUGCGCGUCGUCAACCACCUGCUUGCGCACUGGGACGAGCGCGUCGAACUCUACAACAUCAACGUCCCCAUGCGCGAGGACGUCGAGGCCCGGCCCGUGCUGUGGACGCGCACGCUUCCCUACUACUGGGCCAAGGGGUAUCUCUACGCUGAGGCGGACAACAACUCACAACAACAACAAGUCAACGGAGUCUCUUCGGCGCAGCAGCAUGACCACAAACCCGCGACGACACUCAAGCAAAGGGACUUCAAAUGGGGCGCGCAGCUGUUGGAUAUGAAGAAGGCGCUGCAGGCCAGUGAGGAAGGGACGGAUGCGCAUACCGUGCUGAAUGGGUGUACCAGUGUCACCGCCCUUCGCGCGAACUUCUGGCAUGUUCCUGGCUUGGAGGGAACUUUGGAGUUGGAAUGAUUCGAUCAAUAUGCAUAAUUGGAUAGGGUGGGAAGGGGAAAGGAGUGGUGGAACAACAACAAAACGACAAC